UUCUUAUUUUCAUUUCAUGGGUUACUUCAAUCUAUCACCUCAGCUUCGUUCUUCAUCCUUUCCGAUUUGUUGAUGUUCAUGAGACCUUCGUUUCUGUAUUCAAUCUAACCUUCCGCUCGCGUUUCUUCACCCAAACUGUUCCCCCGUUAACUUGAUCUUCGCCGAUUUGUUGGUUUCGAUCAGCAUUUCCUAAAUAGGGCUUCAUCGGAUGAGAUUCAACUAAGAUCCCGAAAACAAACCACGAACCCCUGUGAUUUUGAGGCUCCAUAGCAGUUUUAAUGUUUCCGAUUGCAAUGUGGUUGUUUGUUAUAUCUGAAAUUUGGUGAUUCCUAAACCCCGUUUUUCACGUGCAUUCGAUCUUCUGGUUACCGCGGUAUGUUCUUGCUUGUAUAUGAGAGUUUUGUUGUCAUAUUGCAUCGUAUUGGCUCACGUUCGGUGGGUCAGAAGAAUUUGUUCGUGUAAUUUAUGGUUGCUGUAGAGUACGUUUGAGCCUGUUGUUAGAUUUUUUUUUCUUUUUCUUUCCAUUCUGUAGAUGAAGAAGCUUAAAACCGAACCUCCGGUUGCGAGGAGGCUCAGGUUUUCGCAUCUUCUUCUCGUAAUUGGAAUGUUGUAUUUAGUUUUCAUAUCAUUUAAGUUUCCACGUUUUUUGGAAAUUGCCGCAACGUUGAGCGGGAAUGAAAGUAAUAUUGGGUUGGAUGGGACAGCCGGAACGGACAGUGAAGGGGUGGAUUUAAGCAAAGCAUCGUUGAGUUCUGUUUAUAAGGAUACAUUUCAUCGGAAAUUGGAAGAUAACCAGCACUUACAAGCGCCAUUGCCGCCUAAAAAAGAGCCAAUUGAAGAGGUGAACAAUGUUACUGGACCCAUAAAGCCAAUUCAACAUAAAUAUGGUCGGGUAAUUGGUAAAGUUUCGAGUCUGCAGAAUCAUACCAAUGAUUUUUCUAUGCUCGAGAAAAUGGCAGAUGAAGCUUGGACAUUAGGCCUGAAGGCGUGGAAAGAAAUAGAUAAAGUUGGGUUAAAUGAGACUAAUGAGAGUUCUAUACUCGAAGGAAAGCCCGAGACAUGUCCUUCAUGGAUAUCUACGGAUGGGAAAAAGUUAUCGGAGGGAGAUGGAAUCAUGUUCCUUCCUUGUGGACUUGCUGCAGGUUCAUCUAUUACAUUAAUUGGAACCCCUCAGCUUGCUCAUGAGGAGUAUGUUCCCCAACUUUUGAAGGUGGGAGGUAAUCCUAAGGUUAUGGUCUCGCAGUUCAUGAUUGAAUUGCAAGGAUUGAAAUCAGUUGACGGUGAGGACCCACCAAAGAUCCUUCACUUAAAUCCACGACUGAAAGGCGAUUGGAGUAAACGGCCGGUCAUUGAACAUAAUACGUGUUAUAGGAUGCAGUGGGGAACGGCUCAAAGGUGUGAUGGAUUGCCAUCAAAUAGUGACGAUGAAAUGCUUGUUGAUGGACAUCGUCGAUGCGAAAAAUGGUUGAGUAAUGUUAUAGAUCCGAAAGAACCAAAAACAAACUCAUGGUUCAAGAGAUUCAUAGGGAGGGAGCAGAAGCCAGAGGUGACCUGGCCAUUUCCCUUUGUGGAGGGUAGAUUGUUUAUCCUAACACUACGUGCUGGUGUUGAUGGAUACCAUAUAAAUGUUGGUGGUCGGCACUUGACUUCUUUUGCCUAUCGCCCUGGAUUUACGCUUGAAGAUGCAACUGGAUUAGCUGUUAAAGGAGACGUGGACAUUCAUUCUGCAUAUGGUACAGCUCUUCCUACUUCUCAUCCAAGCUUCUCUCCCCAACGAGUUCUUGAGAUGUCAGAGAAAUGGAAAGCUCAGCCUUUACCCAAGGGAUCCGUUUAUCUUUUUAUUGGUGUUCUAUCUGCUACUAACCACUUUGCGGAGCGUAUGGCUGUUAGGAAAACUUGGAUGCAAUCUCCAUCUGUCAAGUCAUCAAAUGUAGUUGUUCGCUUCUUUGUUGCACUGAAUCCGAGGAAGGAGGUCAACGCUGUGCUGAAGAGCGAAGCUGCAUACUUUGGUGAUAUUGUGAUCUUGCCCUUCAUGGACCGCUACGAGCUUGUUGUGCUAAAGACUAUAGCUAUAUGUGAGUUUGGGGCUGUGAACUUGACGACUUCGUAUGUUAUGAAAUGUGAUGACGACACCUUUGUGAGAGUGGAAACUGUUUUAAAACAGAUCGAAGGCAUUUCAUCCAAGAGGUCCCUGUACAUGGGCAAUCUCAACCUCCUGCAUCGCCCUCUCAGACAUGGAAAAUGGGCAGUCACAUAUGAGGAAUGGCCGGAAGAAGUGUAUCCUCCAUAUGCAAAUGGGCCGGGAUAUAUCAUUUCCAUUGACAUUGCUAAAUACAUUGUGUCCCAACAUGAGAACAGGAGCCUGAGGUUAUUCAAGAUGGAGGAUGUGAGCAUGGGAAUGUGGGUGGAGCAGUUCAACAGUAGCGUGACGAUGGUCCAAUACUCACACAACUGGAAAUUCUGCCAGUAUGGGUGUAUGGAGGAGUAUUUUACAGCACACUAUCAGUCUCCUAGGCAGAUAAUCUGCCUGUGGGAUAAGCUGGCGCGGGGACACGCUCACUGCUGCAACUUCAGGUGACCAUUUUUCCACAAUUUACCGCCUCUGUAUUUCUAGCCAUGUUUAUUGUAUUAUUAUUUUUAUUAUUAUUCAGUGUAGGCGUCAUGAAUUCAAACUAUGAUACACACUGUAAUUGCUAUUGUCACUAUUAUUAUUUUUUCGUUUCACCAAGAUGGGUGUUUUCCAUGUAUAGAUUACGAUGUGGAAUGGGCAUUUUGAUAUGAAAUAUAGCUUGAUUCCUCCAUUUGAUAUGAAA